AAUCAAGUGUCUGAUGCGGCACCACUAUACGUGAGUACUCUCUCCUCUCUACAUUGUUUGCUGCAAAUUUCUUUGCCAAAACCCAAGAGGAACACCUGUCUAUAUUAUCUAGUUUUGCCGACGGUAAUCAAGCAGCGGCUGUAUUGGAGCCAUGUCCGGGAACGCUUCGGGCAUUAUUCCUUUGGAAGAGGGGUGGAACGAUGAAAUCAAAGCCAAGGCCAUUGAUAAGCUCGAAGCCAUGCUCAACGGGGGUCUGAAAUCGGGUGAAACAAAUAUGUUUGGUCCACGGGAAUAUGUGCAGAUUUACACGACUUGUUACGAUAUGUGCACCCAACGUUCUCCGUACAACUGGUCGCGCGAACUGUAUCAACGACACGGCGAAACGAUUGAACGAUACCUUGCCAGCACGGUGAUUCCCGCGUUGCGGGACAAGACUGGUCAGGGCGGUACCACGCUCCUUACUGAACUCCAGCACCGCUGGGGGGAUCAUCAAAUUAUGAACAAGUGGUUGAAAAAGUUCUUUACCUAUCUAGAUCGAUACUAUGUUAAGCAUCACAGUUUGCCCACGCUCUCACAGGCCGGUCUACGAUGCUUCCGUACUCACGUGUACGAUGAGAUGAAGCGCGAGACCACCGCGGCGAUUCUAGGUCUCAUCAACGACGAACGUGAAGGACAGAUUAUUGACAAAAGUCUCGUCAAGUCGAUCGUGGAAUUAUACGAAAAUAUGGGUAUGGGCUCUCUGGAUGCGUACAACGGUGAUCUGGAAGAACCCUUGUUGCAGUCGACGCGGGAGUUUUAUGCAAAAAGGCGUGAGGAGUGGAUCAAUGAUUCGACUCCGGAUUAUCUCGUCAAGGCGGAAGAGGCGCUGCAAGAAGAACGCUCCCGUGUUGCGGAUUAUCUUUCGUCGAGUUCGGAACCUAAAAUACUCAGAGUGGUUGAGGAAGAGAUUCUUGAAAAAGUAGAACUUGUCUUGUUGGAAAAGGAAACAUCUGGUUGCCGCGCAUUGUUGCAAAACGACAAGUCCGAAGACUUGAGUCGUAUGUUUCGGUUGUUCCAACGUUUGGAAAACGGUCUUACUCCAAUCGCCGCAAUUGUUCAGGAAUUCAUCACAUCCAUGGGUCAAGAAAUUCUGAAACGGCGUCAGGCCCGUUUGGAUGGGGGCGAAAAAGACAAAAACGAUGAUCCCAAAUUCGUCAAGGCGAUUAUCGAGCUGCACGAAAAGUACCUUGGCGUUGUCAAAAAAGACUUCAGUGGGCAUUCUCUUUUUCAAAAGGCGCUCAAGGACGCUUUUGUGGAAAUUGUAAACAAAAAUGUAGGAAGUUUCACAAAUGCUGAGCUUAUGUCCACGUUCUGUGAUCGAAUUCUCAAGAGUGGCGGUGAAAAGCUUUCCGAAGCCGAAGUGGAAGAAUCCCUGGACCGCAUUGUGCAACUUUUUUCCUACCUGACAGAUAAAGAUUUAUUCGCAGAAAUUUAUCGAAAUCAACUUUCCAAGCGUCUUUUGAACCAGCGGUCUACUUCGGAUGAUGCCGAGAAGCUAAUGAUUGCCAAGCUCAAGGUCCAAUGCGGUACGCAAUUCACAUCUAAGAUGGAAGGUAUGCUGGCCGAUUUGGCUGUUGGUAGUCAACAACGCACAGAGUUCGAACAGCGAAUGCGACAAGUCGAAACCUCGCUGGAUUUCAGUGUGCAGGUAUUAACGACAGGUUUCUGGCCAACGUAUAAAUCACCGCAGGUUACUUUGACGGAAGAAAUGAACAAGUGCAUGAAAGUCUUUCGCGAAUGGCACGAAUUAAAACACCAAAAGCGCAAGCUGGGUUGGGUAUUGACGCAGGGCAGUGCAACGGUUCGCGGUACGUUUGGAAAGAAGUCGUACGAAAUUCAAGUGUCGACACUCCAAGCGAUUGCUUUGGACGCUCUUAGCGGUGGUGAAACACUUAGUUUUGAGGAUUUGUCACAGCGUCUAAAUUUGGAAGAGACGAUCCUGAAGCCUUUGAUGCACUCUUUGUCGUGCGGUAAAUACAAAGUAAUUGCAAAAACGCCGGCGAGCAACAAGAUUAAUACGACAGACAAGUUUACGGCAAAUGCCAAGUUCUCAUCGAAUAUGCGCAAGAUCCGCAUUCCAAUGGCCUCUCUCGACGCUAAUUUCAAUACGAAGAAAGUGGAGGAGGAUCGUUCCAUUGCCAUAGAAGCCGCAAUUGUUCGAAUCAUGAAGGCGCGAAAAACUUUGCAACAUCAACAGCUGCUUUCCGAAGUCCUGGCUCAGCUUUCCUUUUUCAAUCCCAAUCCGCGGGUUGUAAAGAAGCGGAUUGAGGCUUUAAUAGACCGAGAGUACUUGGAACGCGGUACGGACAACCCUGGAGUGUACAACUACUUGGCCUAAGGAACAAGCUGGGUAGGAUCUAGGGUACUGAGAAUCCUUUCCUUGUACUUUUCGCAAAGUCCAGCUAACAAUAGCACUAUACAUUUCACAUGUAUUUGCUUGUUUUGAUACCAACUUGCGCUUUUCAAUGUUAGCUUAUGUCUUUACAAUUAGCGGUUCACGACCUAUGUC